UUCGUUGUUUCUCACGUGUGCAGCGUCCCUCUGUCAACGAUGAGCGCGUCUGGGACGAAACGCAAACGUGAAGAAUCUCCGGAAAGAUUGACAUUUACUGUUUCCAGCACGAGCACUAAUCCAAGGACUAAUGGACCUGUACUAGUGAGCUUUCCUGGUAUCGAUGUUCCUACAUCAACACCAUUCAAGUGCUAUGCUCGAAAAAAAGCCAAGUCAAAGACCAAUGAAAAGGGCAAGAGCGAUCCAAAGCCCAGCCCGGACGCGAUGAUCAUCGUUGGAGAAACGCCUAGUGUAGAGUUCGUUUCCAAUGAAGAAGAGAAUAAGCAUAUUGCGGAUUCCGGCUGUCGGUAUCUCCUGGCGGUACAUAACCCGCGAACAUCCUCGCUUACGCUCCUGCCAGCACCAGCACCUUUACAUUCGUUGGCACGCACCGUUAAAGCGCUCAAGUCGGUUUCCUCAAGUUCUGUACCAACCCAGUUGGCCUACCGCGAGGCAAGGAAUGCGCUUGGCGAGUCGUUUGGGACGAAAAAGUCACAAGCGGCUAUUCGAGCACAGGAACGUAACAAGGUCGACAUCAGCGCUAUGAAAGGCGUGAUGGGGUAUGUCCAGGAUGCCAUCGAUAUGGGCGCGGUGGGGUUGCCCACUCUGCAGGAAGCCAAGGAAGUGGCAGAUAUGAGCCGUCCGAUCCCACCCUAUAAUGCUACGACGAGCAAUCCUGCGGAGGUGUAUGACUUGCAUGAUAUCAUACCGGAGAACGAAUGGAAGGCGAUACCCACCGAGAUAUUAAACAAGUCUACAAGCGAGAAAGACAGAGCUGCGCUGUUGCCUACACGUAACUCGGAUUGGGUGUAUUCAAAGCUGAAACAUUUAGAUUUAUCGGAGAAGGGAACGAAGAGGAAAUUGAAAAUAAUCUACUACAUUUCAGCCAUGCUCGCUUUCCGACGUGCAACUGGGCAUAAAGAGGUUGAGAAGGCCAAAGUUGAGGAGCGUCUGUCAACAAUCCCUACUGUUAUCUUGGAUAGUCUCUUGGCCCGAUUUACGGAGUUUUCCAGGGAGUCUACUGUCCAUCGAGUGACCAAGACUGCGGAGACGAAGCUCCUCACGCAUCUUUUCGCGUUAUGUCUCAAGGUCGAUGAUUACGCUUCUGAUCCCGGUGUCAUCGCUCAUGACCUAUCCAUUCCGCCUACCCAAGUGAACCAGUUGUUCCGGAGUUUAGGUUGUCAGUUGAAGAAACUUGGCGAAAGAGAUCGUGCGAGGUACGGGCUGUCCACGGAUAUCGCUAACACGAAAAUGGCGGUGUUGACGGCUCCGGUGCAAUUCCCGAAACCG